AUGGUACAAAGGACCCAAAGAACCUUUGUACUGCGAGCCUUAGUGAAACGGCUUCAGGCCUUGACUUCUCAAACACUGGGAGCAGGUUCUCCCAGGAAUAGUCCGGAAUUAGUGCAGAUUUGCCUGUUUGAAGCUUUGCAGGUGACACUACCAGGUAACUCUGCAAGCACGAAAGAAUUAAAUGUUGCGACUUCCCAGGGCGGGCACGCGAGGCGGUGCGGCCGCCGUUGGGGGCGUUUCCCGAGACGCGCCGCCGCCGUUGGGGGCGUUUCCGUUGCCGCGCGCGGGCCGUUGGGGCCGUUUAAGGCGGCGCGGCGCGGUAUGGCGGCUGCGCUGCUGCUGGAGAUCCGGCGGAGGACGCAGGGCGCCUUGCUGGUUAUCGGGGAAGCAAACCUCAGGAACUCUCCAGUGGAUAUUUUGAUAACGCCAACCUCCCUAGAAGUGCGGUGUGGAGAGGCCUGCACAACGGUGAUGCUCCCGGCGGGGAUAAGGGCUGCCCCAUCCUCCUGCCGCGGGCUGCGCUACCUUCCUGGCGAGGGGCUGCACCUCAGGCUGCAGGUGCACGUGGGCUCCAGUGCCAAAUUGGUUUCCACCUUGAGUGAAAGCCUGAAACCCCGAAAGUGUUACAGCUUUUAUUGCCAAUCCUGUGGGGACGUCAUAAGGCAAGAAGGGAAAUUUCUCAGAGUUCUUCCUCUACCAAGUGAAAAUUGGAGUGCUUUAGUUGAAGAAUGGUGUUGCCACCCUAACCCCUUUGCCAGAAGUGUGUUGCAGCCUCGGAAAGAUGACUGUUUUCUUGGAGACACCUUUUUCCUGUUAAAUUCAGGAAACGAGUCACAUGUGCCAGAGUCUCCUUCAGAGAACGGACAUCACACUUCUCAGAGCAGCUCCACCUUGAAAUCAAAGGAAAAUACCAGAGUAAUUUGUAAGCACUGCAAGACAGUCCUGGGAGAAACAGUAUCAUCAGAGACCACUAAGUAUUAUGUCACUGAGGUAGUGAUUCAACCAUCUGAGGAAAGCUUCAGCACAAUACCAAGGUCUCAGUUCAUACAGAGCAUGAUAGCUCAGUGUCUUGUGGAGAUUUCCUCUGCUAAAAGCACGUUUAGGUUCAGCAUAAAAGGGAAUGAUGGAAAAGUCUAUAUUUUGAUAUGGCUUUUAAAUUCUGACACGUUCCUGGUGGAGUCUUUAGGAGGCUCGUCCUCCUGCUAUGUUUUUGCACCGUUUGGAGAUACUUUGAAGCCUGAUUCUGGACCAGUGGGGGCCUGGAAUGCAGUCAAGGUUCUUUACCAGCCAUGCAUUAAAAGCAGGAAUAAGGACCUUGCUGAUGCAUGGGAGGACGAUAUUGGAGUUCAUCCUUUAACAUUUCCAUCAGAAACGUGUUUGGAAUUACUGCUAAUACUGGGUUUAAGUACCAGCUCUCUGCCACCUUCACUUCGUUGCAUGAAUUCUUUCCAGGUUGCCUUUUUGAAGAUGUGAAGAAUCCAGAUACAUAUGUUGAAAACUAUUCUAAAAUUCGUCUUCAGCAAAAAUAGUAUAGCUGCCUUCCAGUGGUGUGCUUUCUAGAAAAGAAUCGGCUGGCAUUACAAAACAAAAUUUGGGGAUGCAGGGAGUAUUCUUCAUGUCUGGAUGUUUUUCAAAAUCAUAAA